AUGAGAAGAGUCGACUGGAGACUGCUGCCUCUGUUGUCACUGUUUUAUCUCCUAUCUUUCCUUGAUCGUACCAACAUCGCCAACGCCAAAGUCGCCGGAAUGAACCACGACCUACACCUUACAGGUGCUCAGUACAAUAUGGCCCUGACAGUCUUCUUCUUCCCCUAUUUCCGCUUCGAAGUGCAAUCGAACAUCGUCUUGAAGCUCGUAAAGCCAUCACUAUGGAUUUCCUUCCUCAUGCUCUGCUGGGGCGUAGUCAUGACUUGUCAGGGGCUGGUUCAAAGCUACGGGCAACUCAUUGCAACACGCGUGCUGCUUGGAUUUUUUGAGUCGGGGUUCUUUCCCGCUGCCUCGUACCUCCUUACAACAUGGUACUGUCGUUUCGAAGUCCAGACCAGGCUGGCAAUCUUCUUCAGCGCCGCGUCCGCUGCCAGCGCCUUCUCUGGUCUACUUGCCUUUGGCAUACAGCAUAUGGAUGGAGCGGGAGGGUACGCUGGAUGGCGAUGGAUCUUUAUACUGGAGGGCAUUUUCACAGUCGUCGCUGGAUCAGGGUUGUACUGGCUCCCAGCCGACUCUCCACAGACAGCCAGCUUUCUAAAGCCAUGGGAAGCCGAAGCGAUCAACCGCCGCCUCGAGCAGGACAGUGGGACGGGCUCAGGCAGCAUAGGCACGGACGAUAAAUUCAGCUGGAAAACAUUCCGAUCAGCAUUCUUCGAGUGGAAGAUCUGGGUCGCCGUAAUAGUCUGGGGAGGAAACUGCAUCCCCCUCUUCGGAUUCACCUUCAUGGCACCAACAAUCGUCCACGACCUAGGCUACAGCGCCGCCAACGCGCAACUCCUCACCGUACCCGUCUACACCCUCGGCGUCAUCUCCACCGUCGUCUUCUCCUGGCUCUCCGACCGCCGUCGAACACGCUGGAUCUUCAUCGUCAUCCCCUACACCAUCGCAGCCGUCGGCUUUCUAGGCCUCCUAGCCGUCCCUCAACCUCGCUUCCCGGGCUCGACGUACGCAUUGCUUUUCUUCAUCCCAGCGGGGAAAUAUCCAGGCCUGAUAGGCAUUCUCAGCUGGAUCGGGAACAACCUCGCCCCCAGCCGGAAACGCGCCAUAGGCAUGGGUUUGCUCAUCUCAAUCGGCAAUACGGGAGGUCUGAUAGGAAGCAAUAUCUUCCAAGAACAUCAGGCGCCGAACUAUUGGUUGGGGUAUGGGUUCUGUUCAGGGAUCUUGUUGGCGGCGAUUGCGAGUACGAUUGUGCUCAAGUGGGCUUAUGAGAGGGAGAAUAGGAAGAGGGAGGGGUGGACGGAAGAGGAUGUAAGGGGUAAAUUUACGGAUGGGGAGUCGGCGGACAUGGGGAAUAAGAGUCCGUUGUAUCGGUAUGUUGUGUAG